AUGUUCCCCAGCCGCCAUUCACCACGUUUCCCACACCAAAUGUCGAUUGCUAUUCGAAUCGUCGCGCGAUGCGAUAAUGCUCGUGUGCUUGUUGUCGUACGCAAGCGUCCUGCUUCUGGCGACAGAACUGGUAGCCUUCUAUCUGUAGACGCGCUAGCUAGCGUGGGUCGGAGCGGCUAGCUCGGCGCGUGGCACCUCGCGCGAUGGAUGAUCCGCGCGACGCCAAGAAGCCGUGCGGCAUGCCGGUCGUGAGCCCCUUGGUGCUGCGCGAGAUCGUCGCCGUGCGACGCGCGCACCCGGAGCUGGCGAACGAGCACCUGGCGACGGCCCUCAACGCGCAGUACGGCACGCGGCUUCGCGCGGCGCACGUGGACCGGCUCUACCGGAAGGCCAUCGCCGAGCCGGGCUUGGGGAAGAGCGGCUACGUUCGCUAUAAGAACCCCGCGCUCGAGGCGGAGUUGGCGCGGUGGACGCGGGAGACGCGCGCGCGCCUGGCAGCGAAGGCGGCGGCGGCGGGAAAGGCGGCGCCGCCGAGGGUGAGCGUGCUGCGGCGCGUGCAGAAGCACGCGCAGCGCAUCGGGGGUGGGUUCGGCGUGCCGGCGCUGUUUGAGUUCGAGCCGUGCGCCAAGAUCGUCUCCACCGCCGUGCACGCGCGCUACGGCGCGCUGCUCGUCCCCAAGCACGUGCGCGCCAUCGCCGCCGAGAGCCGCAAGUGGCUGAGCGCGGGCGCGCUGCCAGCGGGGGAUGCGGGGGAGCGCGCGCUGGAGGACGCGGUGGCACUAAGGGACGGCACAACGAGCGAUGAUGAGGAUGAGGAGGAGGAGAACUUCGAGGAGGACUAUGAGGAGGACUGGCUCGGGUAUGAGGGCGCUGCUGCUGGUGGUGGUGGUGGCAGCACGGGCGAGUGGAGGGACCAACAGAUGGGGCUGCUGCCGGGGGUGAGCAACCCGUACCGGCGGGCGCGCGCGGUGCUGAUGCGGCUGGCCAGGGAGCACGCCAUCGAGCUGCCGCGGGAUGUGGUGGAGGAGGCUGUCAUCGACGCGGGGCUGCUUGUAAGGGGGACACCUGCUGGCGGGGAGCCCCGUGGGUGUCCUGCGCCCCACCGAGGUGCUUCCCCCAUGGCAGAGCGGUCCCAUCACCAACCUCCCUCUACCCACCGCCAUGUGCCCCCCCGAGCGUGGCCCUCCCCGUCCAGCCUGCCAGCCAUCGGCACCCCCGAGCUGCAGGAGCUGCGGGCCGUGCUGGCGAACGAAAGCGUCAUGCUGCCGGACUUCCACCGCGCGCCCACCCGCCAUGUGCGCACGCGCCACCUGCCAGGGCUGACGCUGAGCAGGAUUCGAGCCAUCUGCCUGGCCGUGCUGGCGCGCCCCCACCUGCCGCACGCGCAUGUGCUGCACGCCGUGGCGCGCGCGUGGGGCGUGGCGCUCACCCACGCCGACCUGCUGGCCGUCCUCGCCCAGACCCACAGGUGGAUGCAGCUGCCCGCCGCCCUGACCUUCGCCAUGCUGCAGGGCCCGCUGGCGCUGCGGCUGCAGCGGGAGCGGUGUGGGCGGCGGGGGCGGGUGGAGUGGGUGGUGCAGCAGUGGAUCCUCGAGCUCAAUGCCGGCAUCCUCAUGAGGAAGACCCACAUCUCCUGGCCGCCUGGCCAUGAGUGGGGCACCGCUGCUCAUGCCGACAAUGCUGCUGCUGCUGCUGCUGAUGGUGAUGCUGCUGCUGCUGAUGGUGAUGCUGCUGGGUGUGGUGCUGCUGCUGAUGGUGAUGCUGCUGGGUGUGGUGCUGCUGAUCCCGCGCCAGCAGCAGGGGGGGUGAUGGACGACAGCAUGAGGCUGCUCUUCGGCCUCAGGGAGCAGGUGGGGAGUGCAGCUGCAGGGAGGGGCCUGCUGGGGAGGCACGGCGUGCCGCUCAUUCUCACGCGCCCCAUGCUGCGCCAGGCAGCGCGCCGCAUCGCUCCGUGGGUGUACCCACACGCGUGCCUGUCGUACAACACGAGCUGGAGCCGGCGCUUCGUGAGCAAGCUGGUGCGGCACCGCCACAUGCUGGCGCACGCCAUGGCGCCUGGCAUGGCUGGGGUCGUGGCGCAACUGGCGAUAGGGUGGGGGCUGGCGGGGGGGAGUGAGGCGGCGAUAGCACACGCGGCCAUGAGGUGGCGGAGAGAGGGCGGAGGGGAGUGUGUGGGUGUGGUGGAUAUGGAGGGGGGAAGAGGGGAGGAGGGAGGGGCGGAAGGGGGAGAUGGACGGGGGAAUGGAGGGAAGGGUUCCGGUGAAGGUGGGAUGGGGAGGGAGGGGAGGGAGAAGGAAUUUGAGGUGGUUGAUCUGAGUGAGGAUAGUGAGGAGGGCGGUGAGGAGGGCGGUGAGGAGGGCGGUGAGGAGGGCGGUGAGGAGGGCGGUGAGGAGGGCGGUGAGGAGGGCGGUGAGGAGGGCGAUGGGGCAGAGGGAAGCAGCGGUGGCAGACAUGGGUGGGAGAAGGACGGCAGUGGGAGGAGUGAGGCGAUGCGGCCAUCCCAAGUGGUGUGCGGUGGUGGGGCUGUGGGCGUGCGGCAUGAUGAGAGAGGGACAAGCAGCGAGAGGGGAGGCGAAAGAGAGGUGGACCUAGGACAGGGGAGUGGUGGGGUGAGAGGAGACGGCGGGACACACGCUGCUGUUGCUGCUGCUGCUGCUCCUGGUAUAGACGCUGCCGGUAGUACGGGUGGUGGUGGUGGUGUGGGCUGUGGUGCAGCAGCGCAGCGGCAGGAGGAGGAGUGGCGGAGGGCGUUCUUGCAGCGCGUGGAGCGCCACCUGCGGGCCGUGCAGGGGGGAACGGCAGCAGGCCGUCGGGAGGACAAUGCAGAGGGAGCGGGUGGAGCAGAGAGGACUGGGGAAGAGGCUGGGGAAGUAUGGGCUGGCGCGGCGGGGGAGGCAGAGGCAGGGCCGUCCGUGGGAGUGGCGGCAACAGCAGCCCCGCCGGCAGCAGCAGUGGCGGCAGCGGUGCGGCGGGCGCUGUGCGAGUGGAUAGCGGAGGGGGUGGUGGGGCGGCGCGCGGACGAGGAGGAGGCAUGCGAGCAGGCAGUGGUGGCGCGCGCCGUGGGGGCGAGGUGGGGCGUGCAGGUGGGCGAGGCGGAGCUGGCGGCGAUCUGGCAGCAGAGGGAGCAGCUGCUGGGGGCGCGGUGGGAGGAGCGGAUCAGGGCGAGGCUGGCAGGUGGGGGGAGGGAGGAGGGGGAGGCGGAGAGGAAGGGGGAGGCGGAGGGGAAGGGGGAGGUGGAGAUGGGAAACAGCAGCCCUAGGGGGAGGGACACGGACAAAGGGCAGGGGCAGGAGCAGGGGCAGGGCGCGGGGGAGAGGGAGGGAGCGAAAGAGGGGAAGAAUGAGUGGGAGCACGAUGCGCAUGAGAAGGGGGAAGUGCGGUCGGAGCAAGGGGGAAGGAAGAGGGAGCGGGAGGAGGAGAGGGAGGAGAGGGAGGAGAGGGAGGAGCGGAUGGAAAGGCUGCUGGCGGAGUGGGUGAGGGACGAGGUGGGACGCACGCAGGGGAGGGGAAGGGGGGGAGAGGGGAGUGCUGAUGGGGCAGAGAAAGGCACGGAACAGGCAUGCCCUGCUGCUGCUGCUGCCGCUGCUGCUGCUCCUUCUCCUGCCGCCUCGCCCUCUCCCCCCUCCGCCUGUCUCUCUGCAGCCGCCAUCCUGCGCCGCACCCUCUCGCUGCGAGCGCAGUGCGCCCUGCCCCCGCCCUGCGCGCCCUACACGCUGCUCUGGAUGCGCCGCUUCCUCACUCGCUGGGGCAUCCAUGCCUCCCUCGUCUCCGGCCUUGACGCUGCACAGCGUGCCACUGCUCCCAUGGACGCCGGCCCCGUGGGGUGUGAGGCAGCUGAGGGGCCACCCCGGGACAUGGGCAGCGAAGGCGUGUCAGGCGCCGGCACCACAGAGCGCGUGUCAGGCACGGCGGGCAGCACAGAGUGCAUGUCAGGCACGGCGGGCAGCACAGAGCGCGCAUGUGAGGCACAGCCUUCUUCCGAGCGAGCCCAAACGGCGCUUGGCUCGACGGACCUCGCACCUCACAACAUGAAUAACCCGCCUGGCAGGGUGGCCCCCGGACCUGACAGUUUAGCCGCCGGGCUUGAGAGGGUGGCCCCUGGACCUGACAGUUUAGCCGCCGGGCUUGAGAGGGUGGCCCCCGGACCUGACAGUUUAGCCGCCGGGCUUGAGAGGGUGGCCCCCGGACCUGACAGUUUAGCCGCCGGGCUUGAGAGGGUGGCUUCCGGGCUGAAGUGUGAGCCCCAGUCGGCGGUGGAGGCGGGCAUGGACCUCCUGCUGUGGGUGGCGUGGCGCGACGUGCGUGCGCUGCUGAGGGCGCUGGACGGGCCGCUGUGGCACAGCGGGCUGCUGGCGCGCGUGGAGGAGAAGACGGAGGGGCGGGCAACGAGGGGGGGGGGCGCAAGGUGGGGGACGAUGGGGAUGGCAGGGGCGAGGAUGGAAAGGGGGAGAGGAAGCGGAACUCGUCAAAGAGAGCGUGGGCGAGAUACAGGAGAGGCGGCUGGUAUUGCGAUGCUGGGGGGAACGAGCAUGAUGGUGGUGGUGGUGGUGGUGAUGGCAGUGAUGGCAUGGGCGCAUUGGGUCACAGCGAGCAGCGUGUGGGUGGUGGCAUGGCGGGUGCGUUUGAGCCCACUGCAGCUGCGGCAUGGCGGGCGGGCUGUAGGGGCGUGUGGCCCACCGCACCGGCACCAGGUGGACGCCAUGCACCACUGGGGGCGGCAGGAGGCGUGGUCAGGGCCACAGGCACAGGGCACAGUCCUGGGUGCAUGGGCGCAGGGACAGACGGCAGCAGCGCGCACGCGGCAGCCUGCACGCCACACUCAGAGUGUAGCAGCCGUGCCCGCAUGGUCGCCCGCACACAACGCAGCAGCAGCAGCAGCCGGUGCAUGGUGUGUGCGUACCUCCCAGCCACUGCCCUCUCAUCCACACCAGUUCAUGCAGCAGAGCUUUCAGCCCUCGGCUGCUCGCCCCAUGCACCCCUUGCAACAGGGGGGCUAUCAGCCCAACUCCUAUCAGCCCAACUCCUAUCAGCCCAAUCUAUAUAACCACAGCACACCAGUUGCGCCCCACUUGAAUCACCCCCACCACUCCCAUGCUUCACAGCAGCAUCCUCCCCCCGCUCACCCUCCCCCAUCAUCCCCGUCAAUGCUUCUGGACCCCUCCUUCUGGCAGCACCUCGCCGCUGCCCUGCAGCCCACUGCCGCUGCCCCCACUGCAGCUGCUGCUGCGGGCGUCUCAGCGGGCUGUGGUGGGCAGGCGCAGGGGCGGAAGGAGGGAGGGAGACUGAGGGAGAGGAAGAAGCUGAAGCAGAUUGGGUUGAAGAGGACAGGUGACAAGGGUUCGAAGGGGGGGCGGGCAGGGAAACGGGCAGCCAAAGGUUCGGCUUUUCAAAAUGCGUGGAAGAAACUGAUGGUGCAAGCAGGGGGUGAUGAGGGGGCGGAGGGAGAGGGAGAGAGGACGAGGGGGAAGGGCGAUGGCAAAAAGAGGAGAGUCACAUGGGGAGAUGAGUGUGAGAGAGUUGGCAGGGGGGAUCAGGCGGAGGAGGGGGAGGAUGGUCUAAGCAGCAGGAGCGAUGGCAGUAGCGACAGUGAGAGCAGUGGGAGUGGGAGGGGGAGUGGCAGUGGGAGUGGGAGUGAGAGUGGUAGUGGGAUUGAUGAGUCAGAGGAGGGGAGCUGUGAGGAGAGCUUACAGGGAGGAGAGGCCAGCUCAGGCCAAUCAAAAGGCAAGGCAGGCAUGCGAGCGGAUGGAGGGGGAGGGUGCAGGGGCAGUGGGGUGAGCAGCAACUGUGGUGCACGCGGCAGGGGGAGGCCCGUGCAUCCAGGGCUGGACUUCUUCGUGCAGCACCCAGAGGCAGCAGCAGCAGCCUUGCAGGCGACACCUCGGGGAGGUGCAUCUGGGCGGCUCUCCCUCUCCCAGAAGCAGGCGGAAGCAGCAGUGGUGGCGGCGGCCGUGGCGGCAGCAGCGGUGGCGAGUGGCACAGCGCCGGGCAUGGCUGCGCUUAAUGCUGCUGCUGUCUGUGCUGGGGGGAAUGCCUUCACUGCCCUUGGCGGGCUGCCCUCCUCUGCCACUGCUGCUGCUGCCAGCGCUGCUGCUAGUGGCACUGGUGGUAGUUAUGAUAGUCUGGGUGGCGGUGCUGCUGGUGCUGCGGCUGCUGCUGCUGCUGCUGCUGCGGCUGCUGCUGGUGCUGCGGGUGCGGCUGGUCCUGCGGGUGUUGUUGCUGGUGCCGCUGCUAGCACAGCUGGUGGUGGCAGUGGGAGUGGCGCCAUGGAGGUGAUAGUGACGCCAGGGGUGGUGCGGGCCAUGGACGCCAUGCGGCGCCGCCAGCACGUGGGUGAUCACAUGGCUGGGAUGCCACCCAGCCCUGCCCAUGCUGCCAUGCCAUCGCUGCUGCAAGUGCUGCAGUCGGCGGGGCUCCACCAGGCUGUGACGCAGCAGCGGCCAGAGCAGGCAACCGCGACUGUGCAGCAGCGCUUGCUGCAGUCCAAUGUGAUGCCACAGCAACUGUACCAACCACCUAAUGUUCAGCUGCACCAGCAGCAGCAGCAGCAGCAGCAGCAGCAUAUUCAGCAGUUGACGCAGCAGCUGAAGCAAGUGUACGAGGCACCCUAUGGGAUGCAAGUGCAGUUGGCACAGCCACAGCAGCAGGUGGCAUUGCUGCAGCGAGUGCAUGAGCCGGAUCAACAGCAGUUGAUGCAACUAAUGCAGCGGCAGCAGGAGCAGCUGCACCAGCAGCAGCUUCAGCAGCAGCAGCUGCAGCAGUGCAUGCAGCAAGUUGCAGCGCUGGCUGCAACUCAGGAGCAGAAGAUACAGCAGCUGCAGCAGCAGUUGCAGCAGCAGCAGCAGCAGCGAUGGUAGCCCGUCCAUUGCAGGCACAGCCCGCGCCCUGUUGAGUGUGCCACAUGCAGUGCUGGGUUUGGUGCUGCAAUAGUGAUGCCAUCAGCGCACUGCUUAGCCGCCAGUCACAUCGAUAGUGGUCUAGGAGAAGGUAGGAAGUACAAGUAUACAGGUCUGUUGUGUGUGCACUGCAGUGUGUUGGCUGCUGCAAUGCACCAUCCAUAUGGUUGGUUUCGUUGUGUCUCCCUCCAAUUGUCUCCCCUGUUCCUCCCUCACGCCUCUAUUCCACACCCCUCGCUCCUCACCGCAUGUGACAGCACCAUGUGUUGCCGUGUUAGCAUGGGGUGGGGAGGGGACCAGGGCUUAUCUUUGACUUUUCUGAACUCUGAUUUUCACCAGUAGCUCAUGGGCUAACUCUGAAAUCCAGGGUGUCCUGGA